GUUGGAGAUCAACGAUUGUCUCUGAUCUUCAGGCCCGAACCUGAAGCAGCUUUAAGAGGAAAAUAAAAACUGUGACUGGAUUAGAUUUAUUCUGGAUUAAGAUGAUGAACCACGUGCCUCCCGGACUGAACUCGGAGACCACGGAGAAGGCCCGGCUGGAGCUGAACGAGAACCCGGAUCUGCACCAGGACAUCCAGCAGGUGCGGGAUAUGAUCGUGACGCGGCCGGACGGCUUCCUGCGAACAGACGACGACUUCAUCCUGCGCUUCCUCAGAGCCCGGAAGUUCGACCACGUGGAGACGUUCCGCCUGCUGGCCCAGUACUUCCAGUUCCGCCAGCAGAACCUGGACAUGUUCCAGAGCUUCAAGGUGGACGACCCCAGCAUCAAACGGGCCCUGAUGGACGGGUUCCCUGGCGUGUUGGAGGCUCCGGACCAACAUGGCAGGAAGAUUCUCAUCCUGUUUGCUUCCAACUGGGACCAGAGCCGGAACUCCUUCAUCGACAUCCUGCGGGCCAUCCUGCUCUCCCUGGAGGUUCUGAUAGAAAACCCGGAGCUGCAGAUCAACGGCUUCACGCUCAUCAUCGACUGGAGCAACUUCUCCUUCAAGCAGGCGUCCAAACUGACGCCCAACAUCCUGAAGCUGGCCAUCGAGGGCCUGCAGGACAGCUUCCCGGCCCGGUUCGGAGGGAUCCACUUCGUGACACCCUGGUACAUCCACGCCAUGUACACCAUCAUCAAGCCCUUCCUCAAGGACAAGACCCGGAAAAGGAUCUUCCUCCAUGGAAACAACCUGAACUCUCUGCACCAGCUCAUCCAGCCCGAGUGUUUGCCGUCCGAGUUCGGCGGGACGCUGCCGCCGUACGAUAUGGGGGAUGUGGCGCGGACGCUGCUGGGACCCGACUACAACGACGAGACCGAGUACACGCUGACGUACGACGCGCUGCACGUCAGGGAGAGCUGCGGCGGCGGCGGCGGCAUGAUGAAGAGGUCUCAGUCGACUGUGGAAGCUGCGGCGCUGCGACAGAUGGACAGAGAGACGAGCACGCCGCUGCUGGCUCUGGACUGACCUGGCGCUCCCAUUUAAACCGGACGGGACCGGUUCAAAUCCAGAGAUCUGGGUUCAAAUCCAGAGGUCUGGGUUCAAAUCCAGAGGUCUGGGUUCAGAUCCAGAGGUCUGGGUUCAGAUCCAGAGGUCUGGGUUCAAAUCCAGAGGUCUGGGUUUGGUCGGUUUGCUGCCUGAACUCCUUCAGCACCAGAACUCCCAUUAACCUGGAGCCUCACCAACUGGUCUGAAGUCAUCGGUGUUUCAGUUGGAACCUCAGGAUGAGAUCAGAGUUUAAUUAUAAUUAUAUUCCACCAUUUCAUAUCCAUCCUCCCCGCGGCACCAAUCCCAGCCCGUCUGAGCCUCCCAGCUGAUCCAGUUUCCUGGCAGCAGCACCGACCCAGCAGCACCGACCCAGCAGCACCAACUGCUGCCGGACUUCAUCACGUCUCAGUCUGGAAACCAGAAAAACAUAAAAACAUGCAGCACAAAGAUUCGGCGAAGCUAAUGAAACAAAACCACUUCAGGAUGAAUAAUGUAUUAUACUUGGAGGCCCCGCCCUCAUUGGAAUUAGGCCACGCCCACAUGAGAACGAUUUCAACGUUCUCUCAAUUGGAGAGAACGUUGAAAACAAAGUUUUAAGGAACAAUAAAUGGUUUUUAAAGCAGGUUUUAGGGUGAAAGCUACAGAAAAAGCUACUUUUGUGAAAAUGCUGACAUUAGCAUCAUCUGGGUUGAUCAAGACAACAAUGGCGGAUUACAGAUUUGUGGUUGGAAAAAGUUCUGGAAAAGUUUUUCAUUUUGGUUUGUUUACCAACCUUGUUUUCUUGGUUAUGUGUACACUCCAUGUUUAGCGCCACCUACAGGUCUGGUGGAGUGAAGACUGGGGGUUUUUGCUAUUGUUUGUUUGAUUUAAGAGAAGGA